AUGGGGCAGACGACAGUCUUCAGAUUGCCCACGAUGGCUUCAAGACAGCUUACUCCAACCGGACUUUUUAACAUGUACGGUGUGGGCCAUUACUUCGCAGUGGAUCCUCGCAUGGCCAACCACUUUGUACGCAGUUGCCGGGAUGUACCCGAAAGGUCCCGGACAAUUCUGUUGUGCCGUGUUGCGGCUGGUGCUUGCAAGACGAGGGAGCCCAUAACGAUGCAUGUGGAUCACUGCCGGACGCAGCACAUGGGGUGCAAGUUCUGGGCCUGCCGCGAGUUGCGGGCCAAGCAACUAAGACAGCCCGAGAACCAGCAAGCUCCAGCAGGUUCACAUUCAUGCACGUCGAAGAACAGGGUUGAGGUGAUCGUCUUUGAGAAUCAUCACGCAUAUCCGGCUUACCUUCUGGAAUACACCUGCCCGUCUCUUGCCGAUUUUGAUCCCUACAGGAACCUGAAGCAGCUGGCCAGUUUUGACCCACGUGCAGACCGCUCAAACUGGAGCGUUCAAUUCAAAGCCAGGCGGGCCUUGAUUCUCGGAGGUAUUGGAUUUUGCGGUGACAUGGCCUAUGCAGAGACACUCGCAGAAUAUGCAAAGAGCGCUUUGCCAGAGAUGGUGUGGGAGCAGCAGCGCUGCAGUCCACCAGAAGUCUGCGGCAUGCUUUCAAAGUUUGAUGUUGUGCUGGUUUGCGAUAUGUACAUCGACUUGCCACGGAAGUUAUGGAGUCCAAAGUUGGACCAUGCUCUGAAAGAGUUUGUGCUAAAAGGAGGAUUUGUGGCCUUUAUGGGCGGUGAGCCGUUGGCGAAAGAGCGAAUCUGGAAGGAUGUUUUUGGACUCUCAUGGACAUUCGCUGGCGAGACAGGCUGCGACUGCGUCAAGUCAUUCAUGUGUGAUCUGCCUUGCAUGGCAGAUGCUCCGGAAAAGUUGGAGGAGAUGAAGCUGAUGCCUUUGCGCAACGUUCCCCAAACAGAGCGCAUUUACCCGUUGGAGAUAUUCCCAGAUUCAGAUCUAGAUGAUCCCGAAACACCUGCGGAGUCACUUCUAUGUGGUGUAGCACUGGCAGAGCAUGGACUCGGUUCCAUCGCGAACAUGGGUGAGAUGCGGUAUCUAGACCCAGAGUUUUGCCCGGAGGGCUCCGAGUUCUCCUGGUGGGAUGCCUUGCUGUGCCUAGUGAAGGGGCACGCACACCUAAGCCAACCCUUCCGCAAGCACUCGAGGUGGCUUUUUCGCAGGGCUAUGAAGGCAUUGAGGAUGACGACAUGCCUUCGAUGCUGUUCUUACAGCCAACGCUGA